AUGGCCGGAAUCGUCCAACCCGACGAGGCUGCUCGUGUGGAUGCGGAGGCAAUGGUCGCUGCGGAACAAGAUCAAGAGGUUGGGGAUGUUGAGCAUGAUGAACUCGCCGGGGCCGCCGCCGAGCUCCUGGCCAGCCUCCCACUCAAAGCUGCGGACUUCCUACGCAACAAUGCGAGCCUGGCUGCGCAAAAGGAUGUUGCAGCGUGCCUCAUCAAAAAUGGGGUGACGAAUGGAAUACUACUCCAAGACUUGGAUAAGUCCGUGUGCAAGACACUUGCCCGGGAUCUCACCGAUGAAGCUAACCUGGUGGUGUUGCGAGCCCCUGCUGGUGUAUGCGCCCACGAAAAGCGACGGUGA